AUGGACGGGGGACUGUGGGAGGGCGACUGUCCCGAGUUAAGUUGUAUGGAUAUCGAGACGAAAGAUGACAGUAAGGCAAUGGCGCCACCGAGAGGGUGUCAGCAUUACGCAAAUUUGACCGAGAUGCCGUGGGAUAUUCAGAAAUAUUACCAUCAGCGAUUUAGCAUCUUCUCGAAAUACGACGAGGGUAUAUGGAUGACGGAAGAUGCUUGGUUUGGCGUAACCCCGGAGCCUGUUGCAAGCACCAUUGCAAAGCAUAUUGCCGGAGCUGCCUCUGCAGGCAAGGCUAUAUUGAUCGACUGCUUUGCAGGCGUUGGUGGCAACGUUAUCGCAUUCGCCCAGUCUGAGAGAUGGAAGAGAGUUUACGCCAUUGAGAAGGAUUCGAGAGCACUGGCAUGUGCGAAGCACAACGCCGAGAUCUACGGUGUCCGAGACAGUAUAUCUUGGUAUGAAGGGGAUUGUUUCGAAAUUCUGAGGAACGAGCUCGCAGAAUUGGGCCAACACAGCAUCCUCUUUGCCAGUCCUCCAUGGGGUGGUCUGUCAACUUUGCUACGAUUAGUAAGACACGAAGCGUCGCUAAUGAAUGCAGGCCCAGGAUACAGAUCGGACACAGUCUUUGACCUCGCAAAGAUGCAGCCUUACACCUUGACAGAUGUCUUACAUCCCUUCCAACAAUUGACCGAAGACGUAGUUCUGUACCUACCGAGGACUUCUGACGUUCGACAACUGGCGAACAAAUCAGGUAAAGGGAGGAAGACGACUGUGAUGCACUACUGUAUGGAAGGUGCUAGUAAGGUCGGUCGCACAUACCGAUCUGGCCCGUCCAAAUUUUGA